AUGGUAGGCGGCGGCGCCGGCGACGACAGCAGGGCGCUGCUCGCACUGCGUUCGGAGGCCGCGGUGGACCGAAGGCGGGGGCAGGAAUGGAAGGUGGAAUUUGCUCGCUACUUCACGGCGCCGCCACGCGGGCCCUCGACGCCGCCGCCGCCGCCCCCCGGCGUCCGUUACGCCUUCCACGCCAACCAUCGCCACCCCGGUGCCUGGCUCCCCGCCGCCACCCCGGCCUCUCUUUGCGUCUCCCGCCCCAGCCAGGCCUCCUCGGUCCCCGUCCUCACCGUCUCCAUCGGCGACGUCGUCUUCGAGGAGCACUUUGUGUCCAUCCUCAACUUCUCAUGGCCUCAGAUUACAUGUAUGCCAGAAUUCCCAGUAACAGGGAGCAGGGUGGUGUUUGUGAGCUUUUGUGAUAAGUACAAACAGGUACAGAAGUUUGCUCUACGUUUCCCACUGUUCAGUGAUGCAGAGUCAUUCUUAAAUUAUGUGAAGGAAUGCUUAGGUGACACCAUGGAUAUCAUACCAUCUGGAAGUGACUAUGCGUGUGAAGAUUCAUCAGUAUCUGAAUAUAUUUCUUCUAAUGAACUUCAGCACAGCUUUGAGGAGCCAGCUUCAGACCACAGGACAGAGGCGCCAGCAAUAUGCUACCAUGAGGAACCAGACCAGCCUGUUUUUCAACCUCCCCUUGCUACCAACAUUGAAAAUAUCAACUCUGGUUUCCUUCAUAGUUCCACUGAAAUGCUGACAAAUUUCUCAACUGAGAAUGAAAAAGAUACAGAGGAUCCAUAUCAUGGAGGACCCGGAUUAUGCUACCUUGAGGAACCAGACCAGCCUGCUUCUGAACCUCUCCUUGCUACCAACAUUGACAAUGUCAACUCUGGUUUCCCUCCUAGUUUCACUGAAAUGCUGGCAAAUUUAUCAACUCAAAAUAAAAAAGAUAUGGAGGAUCCACAUCGACUGACUGGAGCAGACCAUACUGAAGAGGUGUACACUCAAGAUACUUGUCAUGAAGGUACAAAUAAUUUCAGCUCCAUUUACUGUUCAAGCAUCUUGAUGCUUCGUCUUUCUGACCUAUCUGCAGUAUUUCCUUCAGUUACAGUUGCCAGAAAUAAAAACACAGCCAAUAAAGAAAUCGAUACGGAAAACACUCCUGAUAAGGAAAUUGAUACUAGUGAAUCAACAAAUGAUCUUAUGGCAAGGAUAAAGACAUAUCUAGCCGACGACUCAUUCCAUGGUACGUUUUCCGGUCCUCUUCUAGUGGGAGUAAGAUAAAAAUAAGUAACACAAUUUUCUCGGCAUCUGCCUUGCCAAAUAACACGUGCCGACUUGGAAAACCAUGCGAUGUACUACUAUUUGUAUUACAGGUACAUAGAAUCCUCGUUUCACCAUUCAGUCUCGUACUGAUUUUGUGCAUUCUCUUUCCCUAGAUAUGUUGUUCAAGCUCGAGAGAGUCAUUGACGAACUGGGUAUGGACUUGUCACUCUAGAUAGCAA